UGGAUAAGGUAUUGUUGGAUGUUUUUGUUGAACAUCACAACAGAGGUGAUCAGGGCCAAAAUGGAUGGAAGCCACAUGUAUACAAUGCUGCUAUAAAGGCAAUACAUGAUAAGUGCGGACUACAUGUCACAAAGGAGAAAAUAUGUUUAAGGAUGAAAACUUUUGACAAGCAUUGUGGUACAAUUAGCAAGAUUCUUUCUCAGAGCGGGUUUGGUUGGGAUUGGGUCAAUAACAAACUACUCAUGGAUAGUGAUGAUGUUUGGAACAAAUAUGUCCAGGCUAAUCCGAAGGCAGCUUGUUACAAGAACAAAGAAGUGAAGAAUUGGGAGGCAAUAUUAACAAUAUACUCCAAAGAUCAUGCAACCGGUGAUGGUGCAAUGACAGGUGCUGAAAGUGCGGCGCAACCAAUAGAACUAGAUGAAGUAGUCGUUGAAGCCUCUCCAGAAUUGCCACCAAAAAGGCAGCGAACAGGUGAUGCUAUCUUGUGCAUGCUUGGAGAAAUGAAGGGUUCUUUUCAAGAUGCUAUGAAAUCACUUGAGCCACUAGAACUGCCCAAGGUUACUCCUCCUCUUGAAAUCCUUGCUGCCCUUGAAAAGAUCCCAAAUUUGGCUCGUUCAGACAUGUUACGAGCAUAUGGUAAACUCAUCCUUAGUGAACGUUUAUUCCAAGCGCUUAUGGAGUUACCCAUGGAGUUUAGGAAGGAGUGGCUAUUGAUGCUUAACGAGAAGAACAAUGUUUGAUUAGUUUCAA